AUGCCGGGGCCCACCCUCCCAACAGCUGAAGAGGUGGCAUACAUGCAGGAACACGCAGACGAUAACAUAGGCCCCAAUAUAAUUGCCUGCGCGGCAGUUUGCGCCGUCCUGGCAACUUUCUUUGUUGGCUUCCGUCUCUGGUCGCGAAGAAUUGCCAAUGGCCACCUCAAGCUAGAGACCAGUGACUGGCUCAAUUUAACAGCCUGGUGUCUCUAUAUGCCGUAUAGCGUGCUGGUUGGGAUGAUCACGCUAUAUGGCGCUGGGCGACAUGCCGUCUUUGUGACAGAUGCCAGAUUACUUCAGAUUAUGACCAUCGUCGACGAGAAUCUCUACGCCGUUAUUCUCGCCCUUCUCAAAGCUAGCAUUCUUAGUCUUUAUAGAUCUAUCUUUGGAAGCCAUACCUGGUUUUACAGACUUACUUGGGUCUUGACGGCAGUAGCAAUCGCACUGGCUAUUCAGGUUAUCCUUUCGAGCAACUUACAAUGCAUUCCUCUCUCACACACGUGGGACCCUUCACAGCAUGGCACUUGUAUGAACUAUGGAGCUGAGGCAUUGGUGGCCUACAUCAUCAAUAUUGUCACCGAUCUAGUCAUUCUAGUCAUGCCGCUUCCUGUUGUUCUGAAACUCAAGACAUCCAAAUCCACGAGGCGAGGUCUAUUCGUGGUAUUCUGCGCUGGUGGCAGUGCUUGUAUAGUUAGUAUUGUGCAGCUUCGUUACAUUACGAAUCAGGGCAGUACUGCAGAUGCUAGUUGGGACAACAUGCCCUCAGUCAUCCUUGCCGACGUGGAGAUCAUGGUUGGAUUUCUGGCUACUUCAAUCGCAAUAUACCGACCCCUUUACCAGUUCGUAUUUCGGGGUAGCCGCUUGACAAGUUCACAAGGCUAUAUCCGACAAGACAAAUCAACGAACCCAUACUCGUACUCCAGCUCCUCAAGGAGGCCCCAGCAUACAAAACGAGUCCACACCGACAAUAGAAACAAUGGAGAGGAAGGCAGCGCGGAAUUUUGUCAUGGAAUCACCGUAACUGAUCAGAUUGAACUGGCCACGACGUAUGAAGAACGUGGUAGUGUGCCACAAGAUAAAUGGUAG